AAAAAAUCUUAAACUUUGAGCCUUAUUUAUAGGCAUGAUGUUGGUUCCUAUGUGUAGGCAGGUUUUGGUCUAGCAAUCACCAACCAUCUUCAGAAUGCCUCACUUUCUCAAAGGCUCAAGAAUAGCGUCGUCGAAGAUUCGCAAGGAUGAGCAACUCGGCGACGAGGAACUUGAGCCACUGGAGGACAAAACAGAGCCCCUUCAGCGCCGCUCGAAACGUACUGAACGUGCUGAGCGCAAACAAAAGCAAAAGGUCGAGAAGCAUAAAGUCGAGUCGCAGGUGACACACAUUCUGGAGUUACCUCAUGAGCUCGUGCUUGAGAUACUUUAUUACUGUCAACCAAGUACACUCAUGAAUUUGCGCCGCACAAGCAGAGCCUACCGGGACGUCCUCCUGCAAGAGGAAUCGAGAAUUCUGGAUCGGGUGUGCGAUUUGCGCUAUCGCUGUCUGCGGAAGUGCUUCCACCCGCCGGUUCUUCUGAAGCAUGGUGGAACUCAAAAACGCGCUCAAAAAACCAUUCCAGCACAUUCAGCCCCUGAUCCGGCCUUGAUUUGCACGUGCUUCAUCUGUCUUCUUCGAUGGAACAGCCUCAAUAUCAUUCUGGACUUCGCACACUAUCAGAAUGAUCUGGAAAGAGGUAACCCGUUGCCAAUAAUGCCCCGAGGAAUCUUUCCGGAGAAUAAUCGGAAGCUGCUUGACGAUCACGCCACUAUCGUGAGGAAGGCGCUGGAGAGCCCACUCUGGCACGCUCGGAUUCUCGAAGAACAUCUCAGAUCAACCACACGGGCCAUCAGCCGACAUGCUGCUAAUAAAGGUAACAAGCGGCGGAGGUUUCGAAUGACCAAAGAAGAUAUGGAGUCGGAAUCGGAUCGUUUCCUCGAAAGAAGUGGACCACCAACAGCUGACAUCCCGUAUAUGAGAGACAACUACUACAUGCUGGAGACAUUUAUGCCCAAUCGUGGAUGGAACUUGGAGGAGAACCGAUGGAUGUACCUCCCGAAAGAACAGCAUGACACAGAUUUGAACAUUGUGGUUUCAUGGGCAAGAUGGAGGGCGCAACAAGCUGCUAUACAGGUAGAAGCUCAAUGAUGAUUCUUGAUACACAAA